GAUUUCAAUUCCUGUUUCCAUUCCAAAACCCUAAGUCCUAUUUCAUCCAAAUUCCAACCAACAGAUAGAGAACGAAAAAGGAAAAAAAGAAUAUCAAUAAUGGCAUCACCCGCCAAAACUACGUCUUCUUCAUCAUCGAUCCCAUGGAGAACGAACCCUAUUAUGAGGAAAUCUGAACUCUGCGACCCCACAAGAAGAAGUUUCAGUGGAAAUCCUUUUACAAAGCCGGCUGUUAUAACAAAUCCCAGAGCAAUUAACCCCAAAACUCCGGCUAGUGGUCCUUCAGAUUUUCCUCGAAGGCAUUCCACUGGGAGAGGAAGUGUAGAUUCUUUGAGUGAUCUCGACAAGGAGAAUAGCAAAGACCAGAAUCCAAAACCCACAAGACUCAGAUCACCAGCCCCUUCAAAGGGUACAAAGAAUUUCAUGACACCGACAAUCUCGGCUGCUUCGAAGAUCAAUGCGUCACCCAGAAAGAAAGUCUUGGUUGAGAGAAAUGAGCCAACUAGAUCUUCUGUUUCAUUCUCUGAUAUAAAAGGUCUAACCAUUGAAGAUAACAAAUCUACCCCGGAGAUUGCUUUGAAGCAGAAGAAGGUCUCCUUUUCUGAUGUUAGAAGCUUAAUCAUGGAAGAUAGUGAAUCAACCCCAGAGGUUGGUUUGAGCCAGAAGGUCUCUUUCGUUGGUGUUAAAAGCAUAAUCAUGGAGGAUAACGAGUCAACUCGACAGACCGGUUUGAAGUGGAACAAUGUUGAGAUGCCUCGUGAGUUACAAAGCAACUAUCAUGAAUAUUAUAAGGAACCUUUCAAAAACAAUGCUGAUGCUAAAAGCAUACUUAUGGAAGAUAACGAGUCGACUCAACAGACCGGGUUCAAGCAGAACAAUGUUGAGGUUCCGCAUGGGCUACAAAGCAACAACUAUGAAUAUAAGGAAUCUUUGAAAAGCAAUGUUGAUUCCUUAAUGAAGACUCUUCCAGAGGAAAAGGGUUCAGUUAAAGUGAUUCCAAGCUUCGAGAUUAGUUCCAAAGUUUCUGUUUUAGCACCACUUGAUGCAGAUCCAUUGAUGCAUACUUAUGAUCCAAAAACGAAUUACCUUUCUCCAAGGCCUCAGUUUCUUCAUUAUAGGCCAAAUCAUAGAAUCGAGCUUUAUCGAGAAAGAGACUGCAAGCAACUCGAGGAAUGCUUCACAACGGAAAGCUCUUCUGACACGGAUGUUAGUGAAGAAACACAGUCUGAAGGUUCACUAAGAGAAUCUGAGGAUAUUUCUUCAGAAGAAACAAACCCCAUUGCUGCUGCCAUGGUUGGAAAGGGUUUUGAGGAUAAAAGAAAGUGUAAGCCACGUUUUCGUACCAGGUCAAAGUUCAUCGCUUUGCUUCUGGUAUUGGCCUUUGCUUAUUUAUCAGUUCUAGCAGCUAAUUCAAAUUUGGAAGAAUUAAGCCUAUUAAACUUCCACGUUCCGCCUGAAGUCACUGGAUUUGCGAAAGCUAAAUUCGAGCUUUUCACUGGAAAUCUUCAGCACUGGUCCGCUAGCUUCUUGUCUUAUGUUUCCAACACUGUUUCCAGUUCAAGAGAAGUGGGCACGUUCAGUCUCUUUGAAUAUGCUAAUUUGAGUCAUGUGUUAGAGUCUGUAAGGGAGAGAGAUGAUGGAGGUGAACUAUUUGAUAACAAGUAUUAUGGAAAGAUUGAAGCAGAUGAGGCAGUAGAUGAAUAUGAACAGCUAGAAGACGAUGAGUUUUUGAAAAACUUGGAGCUGGUCUCAGAAGAAGAAAGUGAUGCGGAUGAAGAUGAAGAACAAAAGAAUGAAGAUUUUAAAAUCUUGGAGUUGGUUUCAGAAGAAGAAACUGUUGCAGUGGAACAAGAGAGUGGGGCUGAGAUGAUUGAACUUGAUCAGUUAGAGGUAGGGAGCAAUAUGAACCUUGAAGACCACCCAAGCAUAACAAUUCCACAGGCUACUGAAACUAUGUUCCCUGAGGAAGAUUCUACUUUCAGCUCUGAAAAUUCUGUAGAUGAUUCUACAAUUAACAGCCCCGAAGAUCGAUUUAUUGAAAAGAAUACGAUGGAUUAUGCAUUGCUUGUGUUGUGUCUAAUAGCAGCUUCAGCUUUAAUCUACACAAAGAGAGGAAAGCCCUCCUUGCCUAACGCUUCAGUGCCUGUGAAACAACCAGUGUCAACAGUCCUUGAAAGGCGAUCUUCCAUGAAUUGGCAGACAGAAAUGGACAUGGCCAGUGAAUCAUGCCCUUCAUACAUGAGUAGCUGCUAUAGUAAAGGGCUCAAGGAACCAAAUAAAUAUAAAAGCCAAGAAAGGAAGACUAGGAAAAGUUACAGGAGAGAAUCUCUUGCUUCAUCAGAUUCCUCUACGGUUUUGUCUUCCUACGGCAGUUUUACCACAUAUGAUAAGAUACCUAGCAAGCAUGGAGAAGGAGAUGAAGUUACACCAGUCAGGCGCUCCAGCAGAAUCCGGAACCAAGUCACUUCUCCAUGAUGAUUGUGUGUUGUUACAAUUGCACCGCUGUGCAAUUCCAACGUUAAUGAACCAGACAACCAGUGUUCUUAGGGUGGGAUGUUAACAUAGAUUAGAACUUAUUGUGAUUUAAACUCAUUGUUCUUAGGAUGGAUGUUCGAUGUAGAUUAGAGAUUCAUGUGAUUUGAACUCAUUGUUAUUGUGAUUUGAACAAUGAUUCUUACCAAUCUCUUGCU